GGGCAAUUUGCAAAGAUGUCCGAAGCAUUUGUUGGCUGUGUUGUAUCUCUACACUGUGGAGAUAUUUUAGGCACAUAUCAAGGCCAUGUUUCUAUGGUGGAUAAGACCCAGCAAACGAUAUCUCUCCAAAAAGCAUUUCGUAAUGGAGUGAAAUGUACUGUUCCAGAACUGACUAUCAGUGCAAUUGAUAUCAAAGAUCUUAAACUAUUGAAAACAGCUGAAGCUGUUGUUGAGGAAGAAAAGGAGCGGGAGAGGAAAAAAAAGAACUACAGUGUGAGAACACCAAAGAAAGGAUGUAGUUUAGACUCUGCAGAUAUCAAGAAAGGAAAAAGUGAGAUCAUAUCGGAGAAUAACAAUGCAGCAUUCCAUAAUGGAGUCAGUAUUUUACCUAAAAAGGUCUCCAACGGUACCUUUCAGCAGAGUUGUAGUAACAUUAAACUGCAUGGAGAGAAGUCACAUAGUUAUGGAGAUAAAAGCCAAAAUGGAGGAAAGUCUAAAAAGUCAGACUUUCUCCGGAGAUCAGACACUGCCCCAAGCAAACUGUCUGACUCUUAUAAAGGUUGUGUGGAGAAUGGUGUACGUCAGAAUGGUAGUAGCAGUAGCCACAAACUAGGUAGUAGUGAUAUUUCUUGUGUGAAAAUGACACCAAAGAAAGAUGAUUUGAGUAAUGGUCUGGUUCUAGGAGAUAGUUUUGAACUGACUGGAGGCAGACCACAAACACUGAAAGGUGAUGAGAGUCCAACUCAAGCUUAUGUCAGACAGAGGAUUAAUUCAGUAGGGUCUAGUGAUGUCAGGAGAAAGCCAAGUUCACCUCGGGUGAUAGAUCCAAGAAAUGGUCACAAAAUGAAGGUCAAAGACAUGGCUUGUUUUAGUGCACCAAUAGAUGAUUCCUACUUGGCAGAGUUUGAUUUUGAGUACAAUUUAGGCCUUUUUGACAAGGCUGCUGUUUUUGAAGAAAUCAAUAAAACCACAUCUCAUGAUGAUAUAACACUGGAAAAGCUGAAUAAGAAAAAGAAGAAUUAUCGAUUUGAUGAAAAUAUUUUGCAACCAGAUCCAUGUGCUUUGAAAGAUAUUAUAGUACCACCUAGUACUGGACAGCAUUAUUAUAAGACAGCCAAUGGAUCACAUAUUCCUGUUAUAGCCAGUGAUUUGAGAUCGCGAAUAUUCUCAGCUGCAGAAAAGUGUGGCCUGAGCUGUGAGAAAAGGACAGAGCUAGUAGGUCUAGCUGCAAGUCAGGUUGCAGUGGCAAAUCUUGGUGGUGCAAGCAGGCUAAGCCUUGAAAAUGUGCACCAGAGACCAACAAUUGUUGUGUUAUGUGGACCUCAUUUACAAGGGGCUCAGGGAGUGAAUUGUGCCAGACAUCUAGCAAAUCAAGGAGUGGAUGUUAUUGUUUUCCUGCCAAGUUUUGUUAAAAUGAUGGAAUGUCUGAUGACGGAAGUUGAAAUAUACAAGCUCACUGAAGGAAGUAUGAUAUCUUGCAUAAAAGACUUAUCCAAUUGUACAGUUGACCUGAUCAUCAACGCUUUAGAUUGUCAGGAAAAAUCGUUUUUGAGUGAUCAACAGUGGUAUAAAGAUGUGACAGAGUGGGCAAACAACAACAAAGCACCAGUGCUGAGUCUUGAUCCACCUUGCGUACAACAAAUAGAGACCAGAUUUACCUUAGCUGUAGGCCUACCUCUAUCAAUCACAUCCAAUGUAGGAACAGUGUACCUCUGUGAUGUUGGUAUACCAAAGAAAGUCUUCUCAGAGUUUGCUAUUCAGUAUGUAUCACCAUUCUGUGGUAAAUUUUACAUACUGCUUGACAAAGUAUAG